AUGCGGCCCCUCCUGAACCUGAGGUCGUCCCGCCUGCAAGUGGAGGUUCUGACCCGAGGCCAGAGAACCAACCCAAAGUGGUUUGCUUGGCGGCAGAACCGGAUCACGGCCUCGGUGGCUCACCGCAUCGCCCACAGCCGCUUCGCCAAGGGCACGAGCCAAACUCCGCCUUCCUCUUACCUGGCUGCCAUCACAGGUGGUGGUCCCACAGUCCAGACCAGAGCCAUGAGCUGGGGGGUCCAGAUGGAGGCGGAGGCUGUGCGACGGUACCAGAAGCUGAAGACGGCGGCGCUGGGUCGCCCCGUCUCGGUCCAGGACUGCGGCCUGUUCAUCGACGCCCGGCGCUCCUGGUUGGCGGCGAGUCCUGACGGCAUCGUGACGGACGGCGGCAGCGGCCAGUGGCUGCUCUGCCUGGAGGUCAAGUGUCCCUACAAGCACAGACAGAGACGGGUGGAGGACGCCUGCAGGGACGACCCCGCGUUCUGUCUCCAGAUCCUGGACCAGGACGGGCGGCGGCCCGGCGAGCCUCCAGCGUACCGCCUGAAGACGUCCCACAGCUACUUCACUCAGAUCCAGGUCCAGCUGGCGGUGACGGGUCUGCAGCGGGCCGACCUGGUGGUCUUCACCUUGAAGGAGACGGCAGUGGUGCCCGUGACCUUUGACCCUGAGCUGUGGGAGGAGACGGUGUCCAGGCUGGAGAAGUUCUACAGGGACGCUGUCCUGCCGCUUAUUAGACCCGAGCUGUAGACCACAGGGUUCUGGACCGUUCUGGUUCUGGUUCUGGUUCUGGUCUGACUGAUUAGGGUUCUUGUUGUCUUGAAUCACAAAAUAGCAAAAUUCAGUUGUUUCUUGAGCUUUUCAGUGACGUUAAUGCAGAGAUGGAUAACCGAUCGGACCCGGGUCUGCAGGUGGUGGGGAAGGGAGCCGAUUGCCGAUUGUUAGCGGGUCGACCCGCUGGUUUCCGUGGGAAAGGCGUAUCUGAUGGAUGUGGCUGAAACCAAAGUUAAGAACAGAAACAAAACUAUUCGACAGCUGUUUCACCGGCACACCUCCUGCCUUUGUUGGGACAUAAAUGUAAACUGUACCUUUUAUCAAGUUCUCAGGAAAACAGUCAGUUACUUAUUUUGGUCAACGCUACAAGCACUUAACGGAGCAGACUGUUUCAUUUCGUUAUCGAUCACAUGUUACCUGCUUUUAUUUUCAUGUUUAGGACUCAUAGAAUUCAAAAUCUUUUUUUGACAGCUUAUAUUAGGCAACGUCUUAAAGAGUGAACCUCAAAGUCAUUAAAACCUACAGUUUAUUAGAGCUUAAGGUACUUUCUUUUGGCAAUGUGUUGAUGUAGCCAGCCCUGGAGUAUUGUAAACACAAAAAACAGAUGUCACUGUUUUGUGUAUUUGCACCUGUUUGAACAAUAAAAUAAUAAAAACAAAAAAAAA